AUGCCCAAGCUGAUUGGUAAACUCCUCCCUUGCUCAUCUUCCCGGGAUCCACAUAUUCGUCAGAAAGAUUGUGGCAGUGUGCAAGAAAUGCCAAAGUUUGAGUUUAAUAGGGUCGAUUUCUCUCAAAAGAUGAAGGACAUCACAGAGAAAUUGCAGCUUGUGCGGAAGGAUGUUAAUGGCCUUUUGCAGAGUUGUGACCCUAGGAGUGUCUCAAACAUUGCCCAGUGUCGUCCUAUCACCAAGGGGCGAAUUGAUGAGCCAAAACUGUACGGGAGGGACCGUGUCAUGGAUAGCAUCAUACAGGACAUCACCAAUGAUCAAUACUGUGACAAGGGUAUAACUGUGCUUCCGGUUGUUGGUUCGGGGGGAAUGGGGAAGACAACUCUCGUACAACACAUAUAUCACAACCAACAGGUGAUGAAGCAUUUUUCAGUCAUGAUUUGGAUAUGUGUGUCACUCCAUUUUAAUCUGGAUAAGGUGCUAGAACAGAUUAAAACAUACACCCCUCGAGUUGAAAGUGAAAAAGAGUGUAGUACAACAGAAGAGUUGAUUGAACAAAGAUUGAAAUCUAAAAGGUUCUUACUUGUAUUGGAUGAUAUAUGGAAGAUUAAUAAUGAGGAUGACUGGGGAAAAUUAUUGUCGACACUCAAUAAAUCAGAGGAAAAGGGUUCCAUGAUUCUGGUCACAACUCGGUUUGAAGCAAUAGCACAGAUGGUUGAAACACCUUGCCAGUCAAUAAAGCUGAAUCGUUUAGAAUCUGGAGAGUUUAGAAAGUUAUUCCUUGCAUUUGUGUUUGGUGAUGAGCAAUAUCCAAGGGAUAAACAAUUUUUGCUUGAGACUGGAGAUAAGAUAAUGAAAAAACUAAAGGGCUCCCCUCUUGCAGCAAAAACGGUUGGUAGAUUACUGAGUAAAGACCUUAGUUUGCGUCACUGGAGAAGGGUCCUAAAAAGUAGAGGAUGGGAGAAGCAGACCGAUGACAAUGAAAUUAUGCCUGCCUUGAAGCUUAGCUAUGACUUUCUUCCUUUCCAUCUGCAACAAUGUUUUGCCUAUUCUGGAUUGUUUCCUGAAGAUUACAAUUUCAGAAGCGACGAGCUGACCAGUCUAUGGAUCGGACUAGAUAUUUUGAUACCCAAUGGGCAAGACCAAAUAUUUGAAGACAUAGGUCUGAGCAAUUUAAAUGAGUUAGUCAUCCAUGGAUUUUUCAGGGAAGAGAAAACUAUGUAUGGUCUGCGUUAUGUUAUGCAUGACCUGCUGCAUGAUUUGGCAUUGAAGGUUGCAUCUCAGGAUUGUCUUAGUUUAAGUCUCCCUGGUGUUGGAUCAGUAGAGAUUCAGCCAACCACCCGUCACUUGUCAAUAAGCACAUAUGGUUUAUGUAAAUAUGAUGCAGUGUCUGGUAAAAAACUGAAGAGUGAAUUGGAAGAACUAAAGACAAGAUUUAAAGUUGAAGAUUUGCAAACAUUGAUGUUAUUUGGACAAAUGGAUGAAUGCUUUGUCAAGAUAUUUGGUGAUUUUAUUGGGGAAGCAAAUACUCUUCGUGUUCUUCAUUUGCCUAGCAUGCUUUGUCCUGUGGAGUCCAUGUUACAUAACUUUGCAGGACUUGUCCAUCUACGAUACCUAUGUCUAGGGACAAAGGAGAGCGAGAUGCUUUUACCACUUAGCAUCUCUAAAUUUUAUCAUUUAAGGAUUCUAAAUCUUGAGUUGUGGAAUGGCAGCCAUGAUUUGCCCGAAGACAUGAGUAACCUUGCCAAAUUGUGCCAUUUUUAUGUCCCAAGUGAUGAUCAGCUUCAUUCUGAUAUUUAUAAUGUGGGGAAACUUAAACUCUUAGAAGAGUUAAAGGUAUUUCAAGUCAAUAAAAAAAGUGAAGGGUUUGAAUCAAAGCAACUAGAGCACUUGACCAAGCUAAGGGAGCUUGGCAUCUACAAACUUGAGAAGAUAGAUACAGCAAAAGAAGCAGCUCAAGCAAAAUUGAUGGAGAAAAGAUACUUGAGGAGGUUAACAUUGAGCUGGGAUACUAAGCGGUCUAGUGUUGAGCCUGGUGUGGAAGCAGCGGUUCUUGAGGGCCUUCAACCACAUGGAGAUCUUCAAGUGUUGUGCAUUAGAGGGCACGGAGGUCCUUGUUGUCCAACAUGGCUGGGUGAUGAGUUCGCUGUUGAAGGUCUACAAUCUCUUUAUCUGGAUGGUGUUUCUUGGGAAGUUUUCCCUUCUUUAGGGAAGGCAUGGGAUCUUCGUGAAUUAAGGUUUGAGCAUAUUGCGAGACUGAAGGAGUUUAUCAUAGAGAAAAGCUUUUGUGUGCUAACAAAGCUUAAACUCAUUGGCCUAGGAAGUUUUGAAAAAUGGGUUUACCCAGCUGAACAAGAGUCUUCCAUUAGUGGAGAAUUGUUGCCACCGGAUACUCAUAUGUUCCCUCUUUUGCAAGUUCUGGUUAUUAGAGAGUGCUCGAAACUGUUGUGGUUGCCUUUCUCAAACCACAUUGUUUCCCCAGAUUGGUUCCCCAAGCUACAAGAGCUUGAGGUACAUGACUGUCCUGAAUUCUUGCCAGUGAUUCCCAUAUCCUGGAUCGAAAGCCUGCGUUCUAUCAGGAUGAAAUAUGUAAAGAUGCUAAAGGAGUUUGUGUACUCAAAAUCGUCCGAUGGAGUUGAAUUGAAAAUUAUUGGAGAGGGUGAUCUGCAUAGCUUGGAUCAAGUACUGGUUUUUGAUAAAGAAACAAGAAGAGGUCAGAGUGAUGUGGAAUGGCAGCUCCAUGUCGAGUAUAUCAAGAUCGAUGACUUAACUGGUAAUACUGGCGAGGAACUGACAGAGCUCCUUCCCCACCUCCCAAAGCUCUCCAAAUUGAAAAUACGGAAGUGUAAAAACAUAAAAAAGCUGGUAGUGGGGGUGAAUGUGCAACAGACAACACAAGAAGUAUCAGAGAUGGGGGGAGGUGAAAUAACCGCAGCAGCAGAGGAAGAGGAUGAUGGGGUGCUGCUCUUCCCCGCUCAUCUCCGUGACUCACUACGGGAAUUGGAUUUCUCUUUCUGCCCAGAGCUGGUCCUGGUGGACCCGCCAACUCUUGUUCCUGGAGAAGGAUGGCUACAUGCCUUGCAAUCUCUCCAGAGAUUAACAAUACAGUGGUCCCCAAAGUUUCUAUCCACCUUCUCCUUUUCCUGUCACAUUUUCCCUUCCUCCCUGCAGUUUCUGGUGCUUUGGGAUGUGGAAGAGGAUCUGAAAUGUCAGGGCUUGUGGUCUCUCCUUACCACCAGGGGCCAGCUCAACGAAUUAGAUGUCAUGCACAGCCCUAGAUUCUUUGCUGAUUGGGAUCCCAAUCCCAGACGGGCUUUGGAAGAUGCUGAGGGAGGUGAAGAGCAGCAGGCACAGCUUGUUUCAUCCACACUGCGUGAGCUUAAAACAAAUGACGUGACAGGACUUCUUGCCGCACCCGUCUGCAGGUUCCUCUCUUCCUCCCUCACCAAGCUGAAACUUAUUGGGAAUUGGUGUGAAGGGAUGGAGUGGUUCAGCAAGGAGCACGAGGACGCCCUUCAACUCCUCUCCUCCCUCCAGGAACUAGAGUUUUGGCAAUUCCACAAUCUUCAACAACUCCCUGCAGGGCUGUGUAACCUUACCAGCCUCAAGAGAUUAGCAGUCAAGUUCUGUCCAGCCAUCUCGUCAUUGCCCAACGAUGCCCUCUCGGAUUCACUGGAAAAGCUAGAUAUCUUCAGCUGCAGUGAGGAGCUGAAACAGCAGUGCAGGGGGUUAGUGGGAACCGUCCCCAAAAUCAAAAUAGACUGCAGUGACUACUGA